CUUCGCGUGUGUUUUUUUUAUUUAUUUUUUUAUUUUUUGUAUUUUUUUGGUGCGUCUCCGCUCAGCAGCGCCACCCGCCGAGCUUCCGGCGCCAGGCGGUACUGCAGCCUCCCGAACAUGUGUGCUCACUGUUGUUUCUGAGGCGAGUCAGUGUUAGCUGCGAGGGGAUGGCAGUCACAGCAAGCUAGAGGCCGACAGCAGAACCAGACAGGGCACAUUUAGAGGCAGUUAGCUCGUCUUUACUCUGCUUCACCUGCUCCGGGUUGGAGAAGCAAGCGAGGGGCGGCGUUCACUGCCUUUUAACACGCUGCUGCUGCUGCUGCUCGUUGAAGCUAACGUCGGCUGCAAGACUCCUUAAAAGAGAUAAAAAUGGCCUCUGUUUCAGUUCCUGCUGGUACCAGUGCACUCUUGUUGGAUAUUGAAGGGACAACCACGCCAAUUACGUUCGUAAAGGAUAUCUUAUUUCCGUACAUCAGGGAGCACCUCGAGGAUUACUUGUCCACUCACUGGGAAGAAGACGAGUGCAAACAAGAUGUCCAUCUCUUAAAGAAACAGAUUGAAGAGGACAUGAAACAGAAUCGUUCGGGCCCCGUCCACACCGUGGACCAGACGGUCCACACAGACGAGGAGAAGGCCAUUAGGGAAGUAGUGGAUAAUGUGCUGUGGCAGAUGGCAGCAGACAGGAAGUCGACAGCACUCAAACAGCUCCAGGGUCACAUGUGGAGGGCGGCUUAUUCUUCUGGGAGAAUCAAAGGCGAGAUCUACCAGGAUGUAAUCCCAUCCAUCAAAAGAUGGAAAGAACAAGGAUUAAAAGUGUAUAUUUACUCCUCUGGAAGCGUGGAGGCACAGAAACUUCUGUUUGGAUACUCCGUCGAAGGAGAUGUUUUAGAUUUAUUUGAUGGUCACUUUGACACCAGUAUAGGAGCUAAAGUAGAAGUCAAGAGCUAUGAGAGAAUUGCUGAGAGGAUUGGCUGUCAGCCCGAGGAGAUAGCAUUCUUGACAGACGUCACUCGAGAGGCCAAAGCAGCCGAAGAAGCCGGGUUCAACGUGGUGGUGGUGGUCCGGCCCGGGAACAUGGAGCUGACGGAUGACGAGAGGGCCCACUAUAACCUCAUUACAACCUUUAGCCAACUUGAACUGACGGGACGUGUUUAACACAAGAACUUCUCUGACUUCAUUUCAUAACGACCUGUUCCUUCUCCUCUUUGACCCACCCCCCCCACCCUCCCCCACCCUCCUUCCUCCCUUUUUUUUGCAACCCUGAUGUUUUUGUUGAAGAAGUGUAGGAGAUGCUGCCGGGACUACGGUUAGCCAACAAGUCCCGGUUCAUCUAUCCAGAUCUUUCCGGAUGCCUUUUCAUGUGUGUGGAGACGGAUAAAAUAAAUGGAACAACACUCUGAUUGGACCAUUUGAUUGACUGGGAAGAGAACUUAAAGAAGAAACUGCACGUGACCUGUGACGUUACUUUACCUUUUUACCUUUUAGAUGAACCGUCUUUCGGUUGCCAGUUCUGAAACCUCUCCGAUGUUAAUCAAAACUUUCCGACUGUGUGUGCCGUAUUUGUCACCGUUUUGUAAACAUUUUACAUCCAUGUGCCCCCCCCCCACACACACAUACACGCGUGUUGUAUGAAGUUUAUCCAGUGAUUGAGCUGUUUAACAUUGUAAUGUUUUAGAAAGUAGAACUACAGUAUAGAUACACUCAGUGGUGCUGCUGACAGAAAGUUCUCAUUUCAAACUUUGUUCGAAAGUCUUAAUAAGUCCCCCCCCCACUCGCAGGUGAACGGUGUCUAUUUAAAUGUGCCAUCCUCGUUUGUCAUCUGUAACGUUGGUGUUGGAAAGUCACCUAAAAAUGCCAAAUUGAUGAUUUGUGUGUGAAACGUAAUUGGUAUUCUUCAGGAAAUCUAAAAACUUGCUUCCAAUAAAUGCCUUGUCUCACAUGGA